UUUGGAAACCUUUUCUACGCACGCAGCUCCUGGCCCCACUGUAUUUCUCGUGAAAUAUUUCUGCACGAAGCCACGGCAAAGGCUGGCAAUGCAGGGCAAGAUGCAGCUCCUGAUCGGGUACAACGGGAGGAUUUUCGUGACUCUCUGUAUAAUCCUCUUUGUGGGAUACACAGCACAAGGCGCAUCGCUGCAGAAGGCAAGAUACAAGCGAGUGAGGUGCAGGCCAGAUGCCUGGUCUGCCAACUGCAUCGAGGAGAAAGGGCCCUGGUUUUAUAUGCCCGAAGGUGGAGCCAACCACAUCCUGCCUCCCAUGGCUCAUCCCUCUCUGAUGAAGGACUACCAGGAGCUGGCCAAUAUGUUUCCACUUUCGGAAGAAGAGUCCGGCUCUGGGUUUGAGAACGUGGCUGAAGUGGAGCAGGAAUCCGGGUCUGGGGCUGACUUUGGCACUGAUUACCCUGGCAUGAAGUUCCACGACUUCUUGGUGGGCCAGCAAAAAAGCAAGCUGAAGCGGAAGCUCACAGAGGAGGAUUUAAUUCUGUAGGGGAGGAAACUUGGCCCUCAUCGUAAAGAUUGUGACCUUUCUUGCCUUCGGCAUGUCUUCUCUGGUGUAUGACCAAAUCCGAUUACUCUCAGGACAAAAUGGUUUUAUAAAAGUUCUAAAUCAAUAAAAACUGCCUUACAAUCUCUAUUGCUUUUAUUCACUAAAAAUCUGUAUUCAAUCUGAACUUACUAUUUGCUUUUUAAGUGUAGGGUAACGAUCCAAAUCAGGGGAAAAUAGGAUUUUAAAGGAUCUGAGAUAACCUUGUUUGUAUAAAUAUUAUGGCUUGCAAAAAAAAAAAAAAAAAUCACCCACUGGUAAUAAAUUAAAAAUGUUUAUUUGAUGGGAAUCAGAUGCACAUUAACACAACUCAACUAAUUCUGUAAAAUCAACUCAAACCGUUGCCUUUCAUCUAACUUUCCUUAGAUUAUUUCCUCAAGAAGCACAAAUGUUGUGAACUGUUCUGGCACUAUAGAUGUUAUUUCCUGUUACGAAUGUAAGAGUGGGUCUUGUUGUUAUGGCCGGUUUGCCUCAGUGUAGCUUUUACACUAUUUUGGCUGUGUAACCUUAAAGGAAGCCAUGAGAGGCAAAAGCCAUAACUCCCUUCUCCAUUCUCUCUUAUGACUCUUAACAUUAAAAGUGGCCAAUGAGCAAGUGCACCUACCUUUCAAAUCGCUGAAUGGAUUUUCCCCUGAUGUCUGUAUCUACCUGGCUGUAAUCCUAUUAAAAUCUAAAUUAAACCAUUUUUUUCUUAA